CUGGAUUGCCCAAAUAAACUACGCUUCGCUUUCUGCAACAACAUUGCUAAAAUAAGAUUUAAGAUAAAAGACUGGAUCCGAUUCAUGUCACAGCAUUCCGGUUCGGACUACCUUUUUCGCGGCGGUGCUAGUGGCGGAGACUUGGCGCCGGAAUAUUCCCUCUUUACGCCUCCUCCUUCUUCCUAACCUAACCUAACCUUCUUCGCUUCAAAACCACUUCAUCUCCUCACUCGUAUCUCUCAUUUCCCUUCUCCGAUUCGCUUCUUCUCCUCGCUUAUCGAUCUGCUUUCUACAACCUUUCUAUAGACAAACCUCAAUUUCUCAGCUGAUUUGGUGUGAUUCGACUUUCACUCGCGUCAAUUUUCAGUUUUUUUGGUGGAAGGAAGAUUGAUAUGCUCUGUGACUAUGUCGUUGAAAAGCAUAGUAAGAGAACUGAAGGAGAUGAGAGACGGGAUUGGCAACAUGUCAAAGCGAGGUGUGGAGAGCAGGCGUUGGAAUGGUCGAACAAAGUCACAUGUUGCUCCAGAUAUCACUCUAACUUCACUUGAACCGAUUCAGCAAGGGCAGUGGGCGCAUUUACCCCCUGAGUUGCUGCUGGACAUAAUAAGUAGGGUGGAAGAGAGCGAGACUACCUGGCCUGCACGUGCCGUUGUUGUUCAUUGUGGUUCAGUUUGUAAAUCUUGGAGGGAUGUUACCAAAGAAAUUGCCAAGACUCCUGAACAAUGUGGAAGGAUCACAUUUCCUAUUUCGUUGAAGCAGCCCGGGCCACGGGAUUCUCCAAUACAGUGCUUUAUCAGGAGGAACAGAGAAACUUCUACAUAUCUAUUAUACAUUGGCCUGGUGCCAUCGGAGAACGAGACUGAUAAGUUGCUACUAGCUGCCAAAAAGGUAAGAAGGGCAACAGGGACAGACUUUAUUGUGUCUUUGGUUGCAGAUGACUUUUCUCGCUCCAGCAACACAUAUGUUGGAAAACUCAGGUCUAAUUUUUUGGGUACCAAGUUCACUAUUUAUGACAGCCAACCACCACACGGAGCUGCAAUUCAACAAGAUAGUGGGUCUAGUAGGAGAUUCCAUUCUAAGCAGGCAUCUCCUAGAGUUUCAGCAUUUAACUAUGUUGUUGGCACCAUUGCCUAUGAGUUGAAUGUUCUCCGUGCAAGAGGGCCAAGGAGAAUGCAUUGUACCAUGAACUCCAUACCUGUCUCAGCUAUUCAGGAAGGGGGCACUGCUCCAACACCUACGUCUUUCCCUCAAAUCAUUGACAAGCCUUUUUCUCCCUCACCAGCUCUAAAAGGAAAAGGUCCAAGUACAGAUUUAAAUAAUGUAAACCUCCCUAAGCUAGCAGUACCUAGUCAAGGGUCAGCUGAGCCCAUGGUACUAAAAAAUAAGGCUCCUAGAUGGCACGAGCAACUGCAAUGCUGGUGCCUAAACUUCAAGGGUCGUGUUACAGUGGCUUCUGUUAAAAACUUUCAACUUGUGGCCGCUGUUGAUCCAUCUCAUAAUGUUUUAGCUGCAGAACAAGAAAAAGUAAUCUUGCAGUUUGGAAAGAUUGGAAAAGACAUAUUUACUAUGGAUUACCGUUAUCCGCUCUCUGCCUUCCAAGCCUUUGCCAUAUGUCUGAGCAGCUUUGACACCAAACCAGCUUGUGAAUGAAACCAAUGGCACUGGAUCAUCUGCUGAUUUGUAUCAUACAUGUAAUGUGCCAGGCACAGUUCCCUCAGGCUUGGUGGGGCAUGCAACUGAGGGGCUGUGCAGUCUUUAGUAUUUCCCAUUGUGUUAGUUCAUUCUGGAAUUUAACUUUAUGCUGUUUCAUAGCGCUGCAACUAAAAGUAAGCUUAGUGAAUCUUCACUUUUAUAAUAUAAAGUCUCAUUUUAUUUCUCACAAA